CUUACCCGAGUAGAUAACUCUGAAAACACAAUGGCAGAAGUCGCUCCAGUCGCUCCACCCGCCGCCCCGGCCCCGGCCACCAAGGCACCCAAGAAGAAAGCAGCCAAGCCGGCCAAGAAGACGGGUCCCGGUGCCGCCGAGCUGAUCCUGAAGGCCGUCACCGCCUCCAAGGACCGCAAAGGUAUUUCCUACAUUGCUCUGAAGAAGGAGCUGGGCUCUCAGGGCUUCGACGUCGAGCACAAAUCCGCCCUCAUCAAGCGCGCCGUGAAGGCUUUGCUCGUCAAGGGAGCCCUCACCCAGACCAAAGGUAUCGGUGCAUCCGGGUCCUUCAAGGCCGCCAAGCCUGCGGAAAAGCCCAAGAAGGUAGCGGCGAAGAAGCCCGCAGUCAAAGCCAAGAAGCCGGCAGCGAAGAAGCCCUCCGCCCCCGCCGCUAAGAGACCAGCAGCCGCCGCCAAGAAGGCAAAGGCGGCAACACCCAAGAAGGCGAAGAAGCCCGCAGCAGCGAAGAAGACACCGGUCAAGAAGGCCACGAAGAGCCCCAAAAAGAAGGUGGUCAAGAAGGCAGCUGCGCCCAAGAAGGCCGUCACCCCCAAGAAAGCCGCCAAGAAGGUCGUCAAGCCUAAAGCCGCCAAACCCGCAAAGAAGACCGCAGCCAAGAAACCAGCGAAGAAGUAAACACAAAGUCUACUGCACCCAUCAAAAAGGCUCUUUUAAGAGCCACCCAAAUGCCAUAAAGAGCCGUUUUCCAAUGACGUUAUUUUAUAUUUGUACAAUACAGCUAUAGUGUAC